AUGUCCGCCAAUAAAGUAACUUAUAACGUCGGAACAUCUAAUAAAUUCUCUGCAUUUUAUGAAGACGGGGAUCACGAGAAGAUUUCACGUCAACCUGUAGGAUCUACAAAUAUGAUUAAUUCCAAAGGUCAACACCAAGAACACUUGUUUGAUGGUGUUGCUGAUCAUAAAAGUCCAAUGACUAAUCACACAGUUACUAAUAGUACUCCAGUAGUUCACAUGGACAAUCUAAACGCAGAAAAUAACGUUGGCAGUAACGUUCCAGUAUACACUGACGAUAAUAUAUUUGAUACCAGAGCAAAGGGAAGGAGACCGAGUCGCCGUUUCCGUGGAAACCCGAAUGGUCCAAGACGUUUUGACCGUGUUAGUGGAACUGGUAGAGGUCGAGAGCUGAAAAAGCAAGGUGAGGGAGGACACAACUGGGGCAGCGUUUCAAAGCUAAGUAAUGAUCCCUUAGAAGAAGAUCAACUAAACGAAGUUAUGAAUAACCUUAAUUUAAACGGGUCAAGUGUUAAGGAUUCUAAGACUAAUGAAGAUAACGUCAAGUCCAAGAAAGAAGAAAAAAAGAAAAAUGACAUGAUGGAUUAUGAGUCAUACAAACUCAUGCAACAGUCAAAGAGGAGUAAUCUUCCAACAUUUACCGUUUACGACGAUAAGAAGGUUUCAACAGACCAGGAGCUCCAGAACGACGGUUAUGUUAAGUAUGUCAAGAAGGUUGAGAACAGUAAGCUCGUGGAGAAGGUUAAGGUUAUAAACUCUCAAGCCAAUAGUAACCCCUUGAAUGUCCUACCAAACCAUCCAUCCUCGUUCAGGGAUCGAAAAUCAAGUAAACCAAAACAAAAACCAACAAAAUCCGGAGGUAGAAUCAGAGUAAAGGCGCCAGAUUUGGCAGAUUUAAAAUUAUUUCCAUGUCUUGACUUAAAGUCUUAA